GUCAAAUGAACGGCAAUCAGCUGUCAUUUGUGGGUUGAUUUGUUUUUAGAAAGUCUGCAAUUUUGCACGGUGGCCAAAUGAUUGUUAAAAUGAGUGUCUUGUUCGGUAUUAUUUUUAUGCUUCUGGUGCAGAGCUCCAUAGCGGAGCGGACCCGUGACAAAAUGUACCAAGCAAUAACAGGAGCAAGCUGUUUUCGCCGCCUGAACGCAACACAUCAAACAGGCUGCAGUUCUCCGUUCUCGGGUUCUGUGGGUGUCUUGCAUUUAAUAAGCACCGCCGUAGAUAUCGACUUCUUAGUUAACAAGCCUCCCGCGCCACCCUAUGCGCCAGUUAUUCCACCACAUCUAUUUACUCGUGAUAAUAUUCUACGUAUCAAAAACGAUGCCGCUAAAUAUGUCUCAGCCAUCAUUCUCAUAAAUAAGAUUGAUAAAUUGAUCGAUUUCAGUCAUGAGUUAAAAUGUCCAAACCCAUUUAGCGGACUCAUAAGCGAGCAGACUUGCGACCCAAGUAAACAGGAAACAACUUGGAAUCCAUAUGGGACGGGACUGCUACACGAAGAUUUCCCAUUUCCUAUCUAUUACGUGGCUGACAACAAGGAAAUUCAGAAAAUUAUUGAUUGCUUUGAAAAGUUUAAUAAUUUCGACGUCAAAAAUCAGAAGCAUAGAUCAUUGUGUAGUAUUCAAGUUAAUUCAUUCAUGUCGGCUGCUGUAAACUCCGAGGUAUGCAUACGACGGACGGGAGUAUUUAAUAAUUUGACGCCAACAAAAUUUUGUGAUCCACUGCAAGGCAGAAAUAUCUACACAACGCUGUUUCCACGUCCAAUAGUCGAUCCAGUCAACAGGGUAGUGGACGAAUCGGAAAAAAUUAUUCUAGUUUCGGCUCGUUUGGAUACAACAUCAUUCUUCGAUGGAAUAGGGUUGGGGGCGAUGGAUUCUCUUGUAUCUUUCGCGACUUUGAUUAGUGUUGCUCAUCUUCUCGCGACCCUCAUUCCCGAUAGGAAUGCUGGCCAGAAAAAUGUCUUGUUCAUGCUGUUCAACGGAGAAUCUUAUGAUUAUAUUGGUUCACAGCGUUUUGUUUAUGAUCUUCAGAAGAAAGAUUUUCCGACAAAAAGUACAAGCACGAAUAUCCUUACCCUGGAAAACAUUGAAUUUAUGAUAGAUAUUGGACCAUUGGAUGAUUUGAACAACUUGAAAAUUUAUUAUGCUAAAGAGUUUCCUUACGAAAAAAGUUUCAAGAGUGCCAUUGAUGAGUAUAAUGCAAAGUUCACUUUGGGAUUAAACAUCACAGAACAGCAGUCCCUCAACCUCCCCCCAACGUCAGCGCAAUCUUUUCUCCGUGAAAAUAUUUCUUUUCCUGUAGUUAUUGUUACUUCAAAUUCACCGAAGAAUAAAUUCUAUCAUUCCAUAUAUGAUGAUGGGACAAAUAUUGGGUUCAAAUACCAAAAUACAUCACAAGAUUUUACAAAGCUCGAUACUUUCGGCGCCGAAAGUCCCUUCGAAGCCAAUUCUACGCAAAUCAAAAUCCGGAAUACUGCUACAGGUCUAGCUUUCGCUCUUUAUUAUUUGGUAACGCGUGAGGUAUAUCAAAAAGAUCAAAUUGCCAGCUCAGUGCUGAUUGAUGAAUUUUUGUACUGCUUUCUGGAAUCGGCCGAUUGUCCGCUAUUCAAAGCUGCCUCACCACCAAACAGUUUACCGGGACUUUCGGGACCUCCUUUAAGGUAUAUAAGUGUGGCUGGAGGAUCACAAGAAGCUGCAGGAUGGACCCUGCGAUUAUUGGGCUACUUAGUUGGAAGCAAAGUUCAAAAUGCGGUGAAAAAGAACUGCACUGAACCGCCGCUCCAUUGGAUUGCGGGUUUUAAUGGCACAGGAGAGUGCCGACUUACCAAGAGCAACUACAGUUCAGCAUAUAGUCCAGCGUUUUCAAUUGAAGGUUACGACUGGCAAUCGGGCAAGUAUUCGACGUGGACAGAGUCUACAUGGUUCCCGAUGAGCGCAAGAAUAUUCCUUCAACCCUCUAAAACCCAUGAAGCUGUAACUCUAGCGAUUGGGCUAGUCGUAAUGAUAAUUUCGUUCAUCGUAGUAUUUUUAAUAAAUAGUCGAUCAGACGUGUUGUUUGGAACCUGCCCUUCAAGUUCACCCAUAACAACGCCAGCAGCCUGCUAAAACUCGCGAAAAAGACUGUAAUUAUUAAGACAGCUUAAUUUCCAUCAUUUUGAAUCAAUUUCUUUUGUUCAAUGCUCAUAAUUUAUUUUAGGUAACAAAAAAGAUGAAAGGUAGAAGAUUUAAAAUCUAUCAAUUGAAGACAAAUAAAUCCACGACUUUAAUAUUCUUUAAUACGUUGUGAUCUGUUAAGCAAUUUAUAAUAGUUUUAAUAUCAAAUCUGUAGUACUUGUAUUUGUAUUCAACUGAAAAUCUUUAUUUAAUCGAUAGGCAUUAAGCAGUACGUAUAAUAAUUUGUAAAAAUCUAUUUUUAAAAUAAAAAUUAGAUUUAUUUAGGA